AUUUAAAGAAAAAAAAAGUUUGAACCUUCAAAAUAGAAGGUGUCAGCUCACGCGUCCCAAGCUUUGAAUUUCGCCUUUAUUCUGAAGUCAGUGAAAGCCGAUUUCCUGUCACGGUGGUUUAACGUGGCCGCGCGCGGCGGCCUGUUUUCUUGGCGGAUGUAGCCCUCUGGCCCCGGUGCACGGGGCAGGUAGUGAUGCGGCCGAAGUCCGCGCGGAGCGAUCCACGCGACGACAAAGAAGGGACGAGAUGUGGCUCGAACCGGGAUCCCAUUACCGAGAGGACGCAUGUUGUAACAUGGUCGAAACAAAAGCGUAAGAAGCGACUGGCUGCCAACCCCACAAAAACUCGACUGGUUCCUCUGACACAGUCUGCUUAUCCGUAGCAAGUUUUAGUGGAUUUAGAGGGCUGCUCGCGUGGGAGAUGGAGAAGAAAAGGUGGGAUUGCACUGCUCUCCCCAAAGGCUGGAAAAUGGAAGAAGUGACCAGAAAGUCGGGUUUGUCAGCUGGAAAAAGCGAUGUCUAUUAUUUUAGUCCAUCGGGGAAGAAGUUUCGGAGCAAGCCUCAGCUAGCCCGUUACCUUGGUAACCAGAUGGACCUCAGCUCCUUCGAUUUCCGUACGGGGAAGAUGCUGAUGAGCAAGCUGAACAAGAACCGACAGAGACUGCGAUACGAUAACAACAACCAGAACAAGGGCAAGCCCGACUUGAACACAUCGCUCCCGGUCAGACAGACAGCCUCCAUCUUUAAGCAGCCUGUUACCAAAGUUACCAACCAUCCCAACAACAAGGUGAAGACAGAUCCUCAAAAAGCCGUCGACCAGCCGCGACAGCUGUUUUGGGAGAAGAAACUCAGUGGUCUUAAUGCUUAUGAUAUUGCAGAGGAGCUGGUAAAAACAAUGGAGCUGCCUAAAGGCCUGCAAGGUGUCGGUCCAGGCUGCACAGAUAAAACUCUCCUUUCAGCCAUUGCGAGCGCUCUGCACACCAGCGCGGCUCCCAUCACAGGACAGCUGUCAGCGGCUGUGGAGAAGAACCCGGGAGUGUGGCUCAAUACUGCACAGCCGCUGUGUAAGGCCUUCAUAGUCACAGACGAAGACAUCAGGAAGCAGGAGGAGCUGGUGUACAGCGUGAGGAAAAGGCUGGAGGAGGCACUCAUGGCUGAUAUGCUGGCCCAUGUAGAGGAGGCCGCCAGCGAGGGAGAGGCUCUGAAAGACGAGGGCAACAGCAGCGAGGAUGUGGAGAACGUAUAGCACAGGCUUCUGCAGAGUUUCGAUGUUCCUGUUCGCCUGCAUUCUCCAGACCGUGAAUAGUACGACCCGUCUGCUGGCCCGGCCCUGGAGAACUGCCCCCCCUCCUCCAAUUCAAACCUGAACCAGACUUCUUCCAGUACAGCUUAAACAGUUUUUCCUUCACCUGAGAAACAAACAAACAACAACAACAACAAAAAAGGCGAAUCCUGAAACACAUCCAUUCAUCAUGAACUCCACUGGUUGGGACUCCUAGAUUGAAUUUGAGCCCAGAUUUUUUUUUUUUUUUUUUUUUUUAAAUGAGAACACUGAAAAAAAUUAAAUGAAUUUAAAACUAAAAAGACCAUGAAUUCAGAUUUUAAUGUUUGGUGAUAAUUUUAUACUGAAUGGGUUUCUAGUUUUUACGACAAUCACCUCAACUCCAAAUGUCAAGAUUUAACUUCUUUCUGAACCGAUUGGGAAUGAAUGUUUUAUAAUUUUGGCUUCUGUUUUAUUUUUAACACGCCACUAAUAAUGUGUCACAGCACCAUGGAGAUCUUCUUUUCUGGAGGGAAUGCUGAAUUAAGUUGGCUUUAGUGCCAACCUGCGGGCGGCUGAUGUUACUCGUGGAUGGUGUAGUUUUAAGAUUGUGUGUAUCUAUUGGUGUGCACAGAGUCAGGUUUUUAUUGUUGUAAUUUCAAGGAAAUAUUAUCUUUCAUGUCUCUUGUGUUGUACUAUGAUCUGUGUUCAGUAUUGACCAAAGAGGAGAUGCGUCAUUUUCAAAGACUUUUUAAGGUUGCCAACUUUCUCCCUCAGUAUUUUGGUCCCGCUGUCAUUCAACUGAACAGUGGAAAGCUAAAAA